AUGAAAUUAUCCAACGUGUUCUCAAUCUCCUCAGUAUUCCUUCUCCAGGGCGCAGUCACUUAUGUCCAAGGGUUUGGAUUAAUUCCUGCCCAUUGGAUCGAUGCGGCAUCCACCUACGAUUGCGCUUCCGACCAGAAUCGCUUCAUCACGGUGGCAUGUUGUGCCCACGUUGAGGACACGCAACAACAAUUACCUUCUGCCACCUUCAUAAAUAACUGUAGGAAACUCGAUGGAACUCAGUUCACAUGGCCGUUGCCAGUGAUCUAG